AUGGCUUCGGCGGGCAGCGGCAUGGAGGAGGUGCGCGUAUCGGUGCUGACCCCGCUGAAGCUGGUUGGGCUGGUGUGCAUCUUCCUGGCGUUGUGUCUGGACCUGGGCGCCGUGCUGAGCCCGGCCUGGGUCACGGCAGAUCACCAGUAUUACCUGUCCCUGUGGGAGUCCUGCCGGAAACCCGCCAGCCUGGACAUCUGGCACUGCGAGUCCACGCUCAGCAGCGAUUGGCAGAUUGCUACUCUGGCUUUACUCUUGGGCGGUGCCGCCAUCAUUCUGAUUGCAUUCCUGGUGGGUUUGAUUUCUAUCUGCGUGGGCUCUCGAAGGCGCUUCUACAGACCUGUUGCUGUCAUGCUUUUUGCAGCAGUUGUUUUACAGGUUUGCAGCCUGGUCCUUUAUCCCAUCAAGUUCAUUGAAACUGUGAGCUUGAAAAUUUACCAUGAGUUCAAUUGGGGUUAUGGCCUGGCCUGGGGUUCAACUAUAUUUUCGUUUGGGGGUGCCAUACUCUAUUGCCUCAACCCUAAGAACUACGAAGACUACUACUAG